AUGUACAUCCCUCCCGAUGAAGCACUAGAUCGUGUAACAUCCAUGUUAGGUGCAACAUGCACGGGGUUCACUGUGGAGUUUGGUGGUGAUGGGGAAAGUGAAAUGAUUCUAUCAGAUGCAGUUUUGGAACUCAUGGAUUUACAACCUUUGCCGGAGCAUUCAGAGGCUAUAACGAGUGAUUUGGUGAUGGGAGGUGGUGGUAGUGCCGAGGAUGGUGGUGAUAAUGAGAAAAUUUUCACACCAAAAAGAUUUACUUUUAAUAAUCCUUACAAACUCUUAAAGAAACGCCAAAAACCCUCUGAAGAACUACUACGGGCUCAGAUAAGCAAGGAAUUAGCCAUGACUGCUUAUUUAGAAGCCAAAACUGAAGUGGUUCAACUUGAAAAAGUUAAACUGCAAUUACAAAUAGAAAAAUUAAAUAAGUGA